GUCAAUAAUGCAUAACAAUAACAAAUUUAAUGGCAGACCUUGAAGUAUAUAAAAAUUUAAGUCCAGAAAAAGUUGAAAGAUGUAUGAGUGUAAUGCAGUCUGGGACUCAGAUGAUUAAGCUGAAGAGUGGAACAAAAGGGCUAGUACGUCUCUUUUACCUGGAUGAACACAGGACUUGCAUCAGAUGGAGACCGUCAAGAAAAAGUGAAAAGGCUAAAAUUGUAAUUGAUUCAAUUUACAAAGUGACAGAAGGCCGACAGUCUGAAAUAUUCCAUCGCCAUACCGAGGGGAACUUUGACCCAAGUUGCUGCUUUACCAUUUACCAUGGUAACCACAUGGAGUCACUAGAUCUGAUCACCUCUAAUCCAGAGGAGGCUCGCACCUGGAUCACAGGACUUAAGUAUUUGAUGGCUGGAAUAAGCGAUGAGGAUUCUCUUGCUAAACGACAAAGAACUCAUGAUCACUGGGUGAAACAGACCUUUGAGGAAGCUGAUAAGAAUGGAGAUGGCUUGUUGAAUAUUGACGAGAUCCACCAGUUGAUGCAUAAACUGAAUGUCAAUCUGCCCCGCAGAAAAGUGCGACAGAUGUUCCAGGAAGCGGACACAGAUGAGAAUCAGGGAACCCUAACAUUUGAAGAAUUCUCUGUGUUUUACAAGAUGAUGUCAUUAAGACGCGAUCUCUACUUGUUGCUUUUGAGCUACAGUGAUAAGAAAGAUCAUCUCACCGUAGAAGAAUUUGCUCAGUUUCUGAAGAUGGAACAAAAGAUGAAUAAUGUGACCACAGAAUAUUGCCUUGACAUCAUAAAGAAGUUUGAAGUUUCAGAAGAAAACAAGGAGCAAAAUGUUCUGGGGAUAGAAGGUUUCACCAGCUUCAUGCGCAGUUCUGCUUGUGAUAUAUUUAACCCAUUACAUUCUGAAGUCCACCAGGAUAUGGAUCAGCCCCUUUGUAACUACUAUAUUGCUUCAUCUCACAAUACAUACCUGACAGGAGACCAACUUCUAUCUCAGUCCAAAGUGGAGAUGUAUGCCCGGGUGUUGCAGGAUGGUUGUCGAUGUGUUGAAGUUGACUGCUGGGAUGGUCCAGAUGGAGAGCCAGUAGUGCACCAUGGUUAUACCUUUACUUCCAAAAUACUCUUCAGAGAUGUGGUAGAAGCUAUCAAUAAAAAUGCCUUUGUCAAAAAUGCGUUUCCGUUGAUACUGUCUAUUGAGAAUCACUGUAGUAUCCAGCAGCAAAAGAAGAUUGCUCAGUACCUCAAGGAAAUAUUCAGUGACAAACUGGACUUGUCAUCUGUAAUCGCUGGAGAUUCCAAGCAGCUUCCUAGCCCUCAAAGUUUGAAAGGCAAAAUCCUAGUGAAGGGAAAGAAGCUACCAUAUAACCUUGGAGCUGAUGCUGAAGAAGGGGAGGUUUCUGAUGAAGACAGUGCUGAUGAAAUUGAAGAUGAUUGCAAGUUAAAGCUCUGUUAUAGUAAUGGUACAACUGAACACCAGAUGGAAUCUUUUAUAAGAAAGAAACUUGAAUCACUGAUAAAAGAAUCUCAAAUCCGGGACAAAGAAGACCCUGACAGUUUCACCGUGAAAGCGCUGUUAAAGGCGACACAUGAGGGCUUAAAUGUAAACCUGAAACAGAACCGAGACACAAAAGAAAGUGGGAAGAAAUCCCAUAGCCGCUCAUUAAUGGGCAAUUUUGGGAAAUACAAGAAAGCUGUCAAAUCAAGGUCCAAAUCACAUAGCACAUCUGAUGAUGAAGAAAGUCAACAAAGUUCUUCUGGAAAGGAAACUGGGCAGUUGUACAGGUUGGGCCGCCGGAGAAAAACCAUGAAGCUGUGCCGUGCUCUUUCUGAUUUAGUGGUGUACACAAACUCUGUGGCAGCCCAAGAUAUAGUAGAUGAUGGGACUAUGGGAAAUGUGUUAUCAUUCAGUGAAACAAGGGCCCACCAGGUAGUGCAGCAGAAGUCUGAGCAGUUUAUACUUUACAACCAGAAACAACUCACCAGAAUCUAUCCAUCUGCAUAUCGGAUUGACUCCAGCAAUUUCAACCCCUUACCAUACUGGAAUGCUGGUUGCCAGCUGGUGGCAUUAAACUACCAGUCUGAUGGGCGCAUGAUGCAGGUUAAUCAAGCAAAGUUCAGGAUGAAUGGUAACUGUGGGUAUGUCCUCAAACCUCAGCAGAUGUGCAAAGGUACAUUCAACCCUUAUUCCAGUGAUCCACUUCCUGCCAACCCUAAAAAGCAGCUUAUUCUCAAAGUCAUCAGUGGACAGCAACUACCCAAGCCUCCAGAUUCAGUAUUAGGAGACAGAGGGGAGAUAAUAGAUCCUUUUGUCGAGGUGGAAAUUAUUGGGUUACCUGUAGAUUGCUGUAAAGACCAGACCAGAGUGGUUGAUGACAAUGGAUUUAACCCUGUUUGGGAGGAAACUCUCACUUUUACCAUCCACAUGCCUGAAAUAGCUUUGGUUCGAUUUCUUGUUUGGGACCAUGAUCCCAUUGGUCGAGAUUUUGUUGGACAACGAACUGUGGCCUUCAGCAGUCUUGUGCCUGGCUAUCGUCAUGUGUACUUAGAGGGACUAACUGAAGCAUCCAUAUUUGUCCAUCUAACAAUCAAUGAAAUGUAUGGAAAGAAUAGGCAGCUGAUAGGACUCAAAGGGUUGUUUAACAAGAAUCCCAAACACAAUUCUGCUGAAAACAAUGGGCAUUACGUGCGGAAACGAUCAAUUGGUGAUCGAAUUCUCCGACGCACAGCCAGUGCUCCAGCAAAAGGCAGGAAGAAGAGCAAAAUGGGCUUUCAGGAAGCUACAGAAAUUAAAGACGGUACCUCUGAGCCAACAGACAUGAAAGACACGGAAGGAGUUAUAAGGCGUACAACGAGGAGUUUGCAAGCACGUCCUGCUUCUAUGCCAGUUGACAAAUUCCUUCUGAUGGGAUUGUCUUCACCAGAAUGUGAAACCAUUAAAGACACCAAAAGAGAAGAAAAUACCUCUGCAGAUAGCAACAAUGGUACAAGUGUGAACCAAACAAACUUGAAAGAACAUAUCUUUUCAUCCCCUGAGCAAGCUGCACCUUCUUCAAAUUCUGCAUCUCUGCAUAAAAAAGCUACUUCCCAGAGUGACGCCAGAAUUGGCAGUUCUACAGAAUCACCUGUACAUGAACAUGCAGAAAGCUUUGACUUUGUAAGUGGGAUAGCUGAAACAAAUCACUCCACAGAAUAUCAGAAAAGUCACCUUUCCAAUGAACCUGUUCAUAUAAGGCAGGUUUCAGUUUUUGAUCUUGAUACAGAAAAAAUACAAGAUACAAAUUACACAGAUAAAAAGAGAGAAGAGGAGACUGGAGGGUGUAAAGAGGAGAAAAAAAUACUGGCAGGAAGUUGUGUUUCUGCAAAGGAACAGAAAUUUGACAGUAAUAAAUAUGAUGUCAUUAUGAGCAGUACUGUAACCACUUUUUCACUGACUGACAUAUCUUCCACCAUCUGUUCUGAUAUCUACGAUUUACACUCGACUGCAGCUCUGCAAGAUAGUGAUGUUUCUCGUCUCAUAGAUGAGGUUUCUUUAACAAACGAGAGCGAGAUGAGUAGUUCUGUCUCAGCACUGAUUGGACAGUUUGAUGUUACAGAUGACCAAACUAAUCUGACUGUUGUUUCAAGUCUUCCUGGCACCAGCAACCAAACCUUCAGUGUGGUGUCGGCACAUCCACACAUGUUUACUGUUGAUCUAAGUACACCCCUUAAACAAAACUUUACUAAUGUAAAGUCUGUUGAAUCACCAUUAUUCUCAACACCAGAUACUGCUGUGUUUUCCAGCCCUGAGACGACAGAGUAUUCUGUGUACACAAUUAUCCACGAGGCAUCUCUUUCACCAGCCUCUGAUUGUAAACCAAGAGAUGAACGAGCUUGCAAGAAGUCAGACUGUGUGGAAAAUAGCCUUCCUUGCACUUCCCCUCUCCGUUUGCUAACAGCAAAUCCCAAAACGAAGUGUGGAACAAAUUGGGAAACCCUUGAGGAGUGCAGUUCCUACACUUUGGAGGAUACAAUAGUUGACCCUUCUGCUUGUAUAAGCUCAGCAGGCAGCAGUCUUAUGGAAGUUGAUGGGGAUUCCCAAGACCUCCUGAUAACUGCAUAUGAAUUCAAGAGAGAAGAUAUGAGCCAGCUUGCUGCUUCUCUGAAGCUGAAGCAUAAUCAGGACUCAGUACGCUACUGUGAGAGAAUCUCGGGGAAUAAUUUAAUUAAUGAGGACCUUCACAGUGCUGCCCUGGAGAAUUCAAAUAAUUUUAGGACUGCAAGAAAUCAAAGUUUUCCUUACCCAGCAUUUCAGAGUGUUGGCUUUUUGCAUAAUAAUUAUCUGCAAACUUUAGAUACACAAAAUGAUUUGUUGUACGUCUCCCAAAGAUCCAGACUUAAUAUGCAUUCACCUACACCCAAGAACACUUUGCCCUACCCUCCUACUGCAGCCGUCAAACAGCCUAGUCCUUGCAAAUCCAAGAGCCUGGGAGACUUGACAUCAGAGGAUAUCUCCUGCAAUUUUGAAAGCAAGUACAAAUACAUCAGUAGAAGCUUUAUUACAUCUGGCAUGAGAGACAAGAAAGUUGCAGCUAUGAAAACUAAGAGACCACAAUCUACAGACACUCUGACAGAACAAUUGCGAAAACUGGUGUCCUUUGACCAGGAAGACAACUGUCAAACUUUGUAUUCUAAGCAGAAUGAGGAUGAUUGCCCCAAGGCAUUGGUCAGAAAACUGUCAUCCAGAAGUCAAAGCAGAGUACGCAACAUUGCUAGUCGUGCCAAGGAAAGACAAGAAGCCAACAAGCAAAAACUUUCUAAUGCUAGCAGCAUAGCAGGGGUAGUUCUAAGAAACAAACCAUCAGUAUCAGCUCACGUUAUCAACAGGCAUUCCACUGGCUCUUACAUAGCAAGAUACCUGAAUGACUUCAGUGGGGAGGAUCUGGAAGGUCGGGGUGUACCAGAGGGCGCAUGUACUGCUUUGCGUUAUGGAUGCAAUGACCAGUUUUGUACAGAUGAUUCCAUUUUGCAGAUGGAGUCAAGCAGUGAUGAUAAACCAGAAAUUUAUUUCCUUCUGAGACUGUAAAUUGUAUACAUGUAUAUGUUCAGUGUUUACAUCAGUGAAUUAAGGAUUUUU